UUUACACAUUAUUGUACCUAAGCUUCCAUCACCUACACCAAGUACUGAUCUUGGCGACAUGAGAAGUAAGCUUCAUGGCCUGGUCGUUCUGUUGCUUGUCCUGGGUCUUCUGCCAACCCAGAGCACCAGUUCAGAGAAGGUUCUGAUUAUUCCCUACCCAGGUCUGUACAGCCACUGGCUAAUAGUGGCACAAAUCGGGCAGGCGUUGGUGGACAGGGGUCAUACAGUGACCGUAGUUCUUCCCAAGAACAUUGUGGACAAGCGACUGGCAGAGAGGCCCGGGUUUUCGUUCGAGGCCUUUCCAGACCAGGGAACCGGGACAAGAAUCAAGGAACUCAUAGACCAGAGCGUGGCGACGGCUGGGCAGACGUCUGUUCUUAAAACCUUCCAGUCAGGAAUGAGUAUGGCCGCAACGAUGACUAAACACUGCGAUCUACUACUGGGAGACACUACCCUGGUGGGGCGCUUGAGGGCGUCGCAGUACAGUGUCAUUAUUUAUGACACGAUAUUUCCCUGUGGCGCACUGAUGGCAGCUUAUGUAGACCCCAGGCUCCCCAUCGUCGCCGUCCUGCGUUAUGACGUUCACUUUCAUGACGAUAAGGCUACAGGAGUACCGCUUCCCCUGUCUUACGUAGCUUCGGUGGAAACAGAUUUCACCGAUGACAUGACUUUUGUACAGAGAGUUCAGAACGUUGGUUUUUACACCCUUGUCCACGCGGCGAGACGCUGGCUGGCCGGGAGCGUGUUUGACGGCGUGGCCAGGGAGUACCUCGGCGAGGGAGUGACUACACAGAGCGUCAUGUCCCGUACGACGCUGUGGCUGUAUCAGGUCGACCCCGUGCUGGAUUUCUCUCGUCCCACCAUGCCAAACAUGGUCCAUGUCGGCGGGCUGAAUGCACGUGAGGCCGCGCCGCUUGCCGAGGACCUGGAAGCGUUUAUGCAGUCUUCAGGAGAGGACGGAGUGGCUAUCGUCAGUUUCGGCUCGGUGGUGACGACCAUGCGGUCGGAACAGAUAGAAAUCUUCGCGUCAGCCUUCGCCCGACUCCGACAGAAGGUGUUGUGGCGGUACACGGGAGAGAAGCCGACCAGCCUGGGCAACAACAGCAAGCUACUGGGGUGGCUGCCUCAGAACGAUCUGCUGGGCCACCCGAAGACCAGAGUGUUUAUAACCCAUGCGGGUUAUAAUGGCGUGUGUGAGGCCCUGUACCACGGCGUUCCGAUGGUUUGUCUGCCGAAGUUCGGGGACCAACCCGGUAACGCCGCUCGGGUGGUGGCCAGAGGACUGGGGGUGAAGCUAGACAUCGGCACAGUCACUUCGGACCAGCUAUAUCAAACCAUUUAUCGUGUUCUCACUAAUGACAGUUACCGUCAGACGGCAGCCCGACUGUCUCGCCUGCACCGUGACCAGUCCCAGUCACCCAUGGAGCGGGCCGUCUGGUGGAUAGAACACGUCAACAGACAAGUCAUCCACAAGUCCGAGUAA